UUUUGUUUUCAUUAAACAUCAAAAUACAAAUUCAUAAACUGAAUUGAUGAAAACUCUGACUGCUAUAAGGUCUUUGACUUGAAUCAAUUAUACAAUUUACGUAGAUACAUUUUUUUAUUCCAUAUUAAUCUGAAUAAUAUAUUUUUGUAUUAAUAAGGCCAGAUAAGUGGGAAAUUAGCAUUCGGUAUCUGCUCGAUGCGAGUAUAAAAGCAUGCAGAGGGUAUCCCAAAAUUCAGUAGCGAAUCGUGUUUCGAUUUGCAUUCUUUCGUGUAAAACCAUGGAAUGUCUUUCGGGUCUGCAAGACCCUUGCCCAAACACCCUUUCCGGGGCUGCAGGUAAUUUGUUCUUGACUCUAAUUGGGAGUCUGUUGAAUUCCAAGUGUUCAUUGAACACUAAACCCGAUUACCAGGAGGAUUUUGGACCGAAGUUGCAGGAUGGAGACACCUUUGACUUCAUCAUCGUCGGAGCGGGUAGUUCUGGAGCGGUUUUGGCGAAUCGAUUAUCCGAAAACCCGGCAUGGAAUAUUCUUCUUCUGGAAGCUGGAGGAUACCCAUCAUCAACUUCCGAAAUACCUGGUAUGUUUGAAUUCUUGCAAUUGACUGACGAGGAUUGGCAAUUCGAGACGAGCAGCUCGAAAGCUUGUCUGGGUUUCACCGGAGGCUGCAAAUGGCCGAGAGGGAAAGUUUUAGGCGGAAGCAGCACCAUAAAUGGCUUGAUUUACGUGCGUGGCGUUCCCGAGGUUUAUGAUCAAUGGGAAGCACGAGGAUUGACCGGAUGGGGAUGGAAGGGUGUGCUGCCGUACUUUAUAAAAGCGGAGAGCACUUCGAGGGAAUUGUACAAGGAUUUCCCUAAUCACGGCACCGAUGGAUUGUUGACGACUUCUUACGAUAAAUCGCCGAGACGGGUCAGAGAUAUCAUUCUAAACGGUGCUCAGGAGAUGGGUUUGAAUAUCACUGAAGAUGAACCAAAUUUGGGCUACUAUGAGACGUUAACUACAACCAGAGAUGGUAGGAGAUGCAGCACAGCCAAAGCGUAUUUGGCGAGCGCCAAGAACAGGAAUAACCUCUUUGUCUCAACUAACUCGUAUGUGCGUUACGUGAAUUUCGAGGAUAAAAAAGCGAUCGGCGUCAACGUUGAUAUCGAUUCUAGAAACAUUAAUCUGCGCGUCAAGAAAGACGUGAUUCUAUCCGCAGGAUCGAUAAACUCCCCGCAGAUCCUGACGAACUCAAAUAUUGGUUUAAGACGGGAUUUGGGCCACAUUCCUCUGGCUAACUUAUCGGUCGGAAGAAAUAUGCAAGAUCAUUUAACGCUCUUCAGCUUCUUCGUCCAGCUGAACGAUUUCGCCCAAGACACAGACGGUCCAUCCUUAAACGACGAGGUCUACGAUUUCUUCACCAAAUCCAAAGGUAUUCUGACAGGAAUCGACGUGACCAACAUAAUCGGUCUCAUCAAUGCCAUCGAAGGAACGAAGAUACCUAGCAUCGCCGUAUUCCAUCUUUUCCAUCCCAAAAACAGUCCGAUCUUAGUCAAAAUGCUCGAAAAUAUAGGCAUGAACGAAGAUUCUAAAAGGAGCAUCAUAAACGCCAAUAAAAAAUCCGUUUUACUCCAGAUGUCCCCGAUGUUAACGCAACCCAAAUCCGUGGGACAAUUGACUUUCGCUCACGCGAAAAGCCUAUAUGAUAAACCGAAAAUCUAUCCGAACUAUUUAGGCGACAGAAAUAGAGAAGAUUUGCAAACGAUGCUCGAUGGUAUAAAAUGGUUGGAAAAUCUUAUCAAGACAAAAUCGUUCCAGAAUUACGGCGCGAAAGUACUGAAUUUCAAGAGCGAAUGCCAGAUCUUCGCGGAAUUCUCCGACAACUUUUGGAGGUGUCACAUUUCGAGCUUCGCCACGACCAACUACCAUCCAGUGGGCACCUGUCGUAUAGGUGUAGAGACGGAUUUGACUUCGGUGGUGGAUCCCAGAUUCCUCGUUUGGGAUUUAACCAACCUCAGAGUCAUAGAUUCGAGUAAUAUGCCGAUCAUCGUCAGCGGAAACACGAACGCACCGACUAUAAUGAUUGCAGAAAAAGGAGCCGACAUCGUCAAGGAGGAUUGGAAUUUCAAGAAUCCCUAAUUAUAUUAUAAAGUUUACAUUUGUAAAAACCAAAUUGGUUCAGUCACAGUCUGUGUAAAUACAUUG